GAGCCUGAAAAUUUCUACGCGUAUACCUCUGGGCGUUGGAUUCACGAUGAAAACCGGCAGCUAUCCCUUCGUUAUCGCUCCUUCAACGUCGAUGCUUUGAAGAAAGUCGUAGUGCAUGCUGCAGGAGGAAAUUCCGUGCUCAAGAUGGAAAAGCUCGCGGAAGGGUCCUACAAUAAAGUUUUUGUUCUCACUCUUGACAAUGGUCAGGAACUCAUUGCACGGAUUCCAACAGUUAUAGCUGGCCCAGGAAAACUCGUCACUGCAAGCGAGGUUGCUACGAUGGAUUAUGCUCGUUCAAUUGGGGUGCCUGUUCCUCGAGUGUUGGCAUGGUGUGCAGACGCUUCUAGUACUCCUGUUCAAUCAGAGUACAUUGUCAUGGAAAAAGCUUCCGGUGUCGAACUGGGUCGUGUCUGGGAUCAAAUGUCUUCAGACCAGAAGGACGACACUGUCCGAGAGGUGGUGAAUAUCGAAAAGCGUAUGAUAAAACCUUUUUUCAAGGCAUAUGGUAGUGUCUUUUACCGAGGUGACGUUGACUCUGGUGUUGUCCACGAUCGUUUCGUCGUUGGUCCCAACGUCUCUCUACCUUUUUGGGACGAAGAGCGACGAGACAUGGAUCUUGAUCGUGGCCCUUGGACAGAUCCAUUUUCUUAUCUCAAGGCUAUAUCUAGUCGAGAACGUAAAUGGAUCCUCAACUACGCCACCUCUAAUCCUCAUCCGACUCUCUUCGAACCUCCAACGCACAUCCAAGACCAACAAGCCCAUAUUUCCCUUCUAAAUCGCUAUGACGCUGUACUUCCAUACAUUAUUCCUACCCAAGAUUCGAUUCUCCUCCGCCCAACCCUUUGGCACACGGAUCUGCAUUUUGGAAAUAUAUUUCUCUCGCAGGAUGAUUUAGCGGAAGGGAAUAUUAAGAUUACUGCGAUUAUAGACUGGCAGCAUGCCUGUGUUCUACCUCUUUAUUUACAGGCUCGUGCGCCUCGAUUUUUACCCCUUCCAGAUCAGAUUCCGCCCAGUUCAGACGAAGAAGAAGAAGAAGAAGCUUUUCAUCAGCAAGCACCAGCAGCAGCAGCUUUAGCAGACGCUGAACUUGCCAAUCGCCACGAGCUAUACCACACAAUCACUGCGUCUCUUAAUCCAGAUUAUCACCGCGCCCUGUCUUUCAGCACCCGAGACCUCAUCAUAACCCCAGUCCAAUUCUCCGGUCGCACAUGGUCUGGAGGGUAUGUCCCUCUCCAAAACACUCUCAUCCGCAUCGUGGAUAACUGGGACUACUUGGGUCAUCGUCACUUUCCAUGUCCAAUCGCCUUUUCACAAUCCGAACGAGAAGCCCAUGCGGAGGACGCCCAGGAGUGGCAGGUGGGAGAGGAUUUGCAGGUGAUGAUACAAGAUCGUAUUGGUGUUCAAGAAGGCGGGUGGGUCUCGCAUGAGGGGUACGAAGAUGCUCUUCGACGGAACGAGGAGUUGAAGGAGGAAUUCCUGCAGCAGAAACCGCACGGCAAAGACAAAGACACUUAUCUACGU